AUGAUAGAUGCUGGACUGCUGGUUGAGAGCAACCGGUUUGCUCGAGAAGAUGGAACCAUUUCUGAAGAUACACUUAAAAGUGCUUUCUCUGCAACCGAAGAUGAGUUUCUGACUCUUGUACGUAGGUCAUGCGGAAUAAAACCAUUAAUCGCAGCAAUUGGAUAUUGUUGUCUGGUUGGAGUUAUAUGGAAGGGAACGUUAUACGUCGCUAAUUUGGGUGAUUCUCGAGUUGUGAUCGGGUAUUUAGGUAGAUCGAAUAAGAUAGUUGCUGAGCAGUUGACUAGAGAUCAUAAUGCAAGUAUAGAGGAGGUGAGACAGGAACUCAGGUCAUUGCAUCCAGAUGAUUCUCAUAUUGUUGUUAUGAAGCAUGGAGUAUGGCGUAUUAAGGGCAUCAUUCAGAAUGUUGUCCUAUCUGUUGAUGAAGAAUGUUGUUGCAUUUGA